AAACACAACGCGAAAAAUGCCCUCUGAAAACAGCAUUAAGGUAAUGCCCAAGGCAGUGGUUUGCGAGGAGAGCAACCUCCGCGGUGACAUCACCUUCUCCGCUGGCUGCGUUGUACACCCCAGUGCAACGGUCUUCGCAGAGGCUGGGCCCAUCAUCAUUGGGGAGAACUGCAUUCUGGAGGAGUACACCACCAUCGCCCACCGGCUGCAGGUUGGGGCCAGAUGGGAUGCCAACAACAUCCUCAGUAUUGGAACACACAACGUCUUUGAGGUGGGCUGCACGGUGGAGGCGACCCGCAUCGGGGAUAAGAACGUGUUCGAGAGCAAGUGCUAUGUGGGCCCGGGCGUUACCGUGCCAAGCGGCUGCGUGAUUGGGGCCGGCAUACGGAUGCACACGGCCCAGCUGCUGCCGGAAAACACCAUCGUGUAUGGUCAGCAGGCACUGCAGCGCGAGGCGAUCGAGAAGCAGGGCUCCCAGACGCUGCAAAUCGACUUCCUCCGCAAGGUCCUGCCUAAUUACCAUCACCUGCGGAAGCCCAAUCACGACCCAAAAAAGGCGCGCAGCGUCGUUUAGAAAUCACUUAUGUACUUUCUUGUCCCACUCUGGCAUUCAUAGCAUUAAAGUUAUCCAUCUCCUUCCCAAA